CCCUCGAUACCUUGUUUGGUGGCUGAUUCAAGAUGAGCGCGAUUACUCGCAUGACCCCGCUCGAUCUCCUUUCCUUGAAUCUUACCAACCUUGACCCGUUGACCGAGAACUAUGAUCUCGGCUUUUAUCUCAACUAUCUGACAAAGUGGCCGUCGCUGUUCAGCGCGGUGAAAGAUCGCGAUGCCGGCGUUGUUGGGUACAUCAUGGGCAAACUCGAGAAGCAACCCGACUCAAUGCUACGGUCCGAGCAUUACACUCCUUGGCAUGGCCACAUUACGGUGUUGACCGUUGCGCCAGCCUGGCGCCGACUAGGUUAUGCAAGCCGGUUGACCGAGCAGCUGGAGAGUGGCUCCGACAUCAAUAAUGCCUGGUUCGUGGACCUGUAUGUCCGCGCAGGCAACAAAGUGGCCAUAGAUAUGUACAAAGGCAUGGGCUAUUCGGUAUUCCGACGAGUGCUCAGCUAUUACAGCGACGAUCCAACCGGCAUGUCGGAUACCGGAGAGGACGCCUUUGAUAUGCGCAAGCCAUGCAGUCGCGACAAAAAGCUGGAGCAUGUACGCGACAAGGGCGAAGACUUCUGCGUUCACCCCGAAGAUGUUUCAUAGUGUCGAGCUAACUAAGUGUAUGAUGCUCUCUGCACCAAUAUUUACGCCCCACCCAUAUCUGCAC